ACAUUUGACACGAGUAACAUAUAUCGCUAAGUUAAUAAAUUUACAAAUAAAAAUGGAAUUUUGUUACAGAUAUCCUUUUAAUUCAAAUAGGACUAAAAUGAUAUCUAUCGAAAGUGAACUGCUCAAUGUAUCGAACGACAUCUCGAAACAGUAUAUCGAAAGUAAUCGAUCCUAUGGAUUGUAUUCAGUAUUACCUGGACAGUAUACGUAUACUGCGGUAUUGCUUACUCGAAAUUAUAAGCUAUAGCGAGUUGGGUGUUGAGUGCUUUCCUUCAGCCAUUUUUUUUUCUCUGAUACAUAAAAGCUUUUUAUUUUAGGGCAUUAGCAUCGUUCGUAGGAUUACAAAAUGACAGACGAUAAAACGGAAUUCGACUGGGGAAAUGAAAAGUUACAACGCGCUCAAAAGACUGUGGAUGAAUCUCCUUACGAUUUGGAAGCAUGGAGCAUCCUUAUUAGAGAAGCACAAAAUAGACCUAUUACAGAAGUAAGACCAGUGUUUGAGAAGCUUGUCUCUGUCUUUCCUUCAGCUGGUCGUUAUUGGAAGAUUUAUAUAGAACAAGAGAUGAAAAUGCGCAACUUUGAAAAGGUGGAAAAGCUUUUCCAAAGGUGCCUCAUGAAAAUCUUAAAUAUUGAGUUGUGGAAACUUUACCUUUCUUAUGUCAAAGAGACAAAAGCUAGUCUUGCAACAUACAAGGAAAAAAUGGCACAAGCAUAUGAUUUUGCAUUAGAUAAAAUUGGAAUGGACAUACAUUCAUAUAGUAUAUGGAAUGAUUACGUUAUGUUUUUGAAAAGUGUUGAAGCUGUUGGUUCGUAUGCAGAGAAUCAGAAAAUUAGCGCGGUUCGAAAGGUAUAUCAACGUGGUGUUGUUAAUCCUAUGAUAAACAUGGAACAGUUAUGGAAAGAUUACAUGGCAUUUGAACAAAAUAUUAAUCCAAUAAUUGCAGAAAAGAUGGCUAUUGAACGUUCCAGAGAUUAUAUGAAUGCAAGAAGGGUUGCCAAGGAGUUAGAAGCUGUAACCAGAGGACUGAAUCGCAGUGCUCCUAGUGUACCUCCAACUGGCCAUCCAGAAGAAGUGAAACAAGUUGAAUUAUGGAAGAAGUAUAUUGCAUGGGAACGCAGUAAUCCUUUAAGAACUGAAGAUACUUCUUUAGUUGCUCGUAGAGUAAUGUUUGCUAUAGAACAAUGUUUAUUAUGUUUGGGACAUCACCCUGCAGUUUGGCAUCAAGCUGCACAUUUCUUAGAACUUAGCUCAAAAAUAUUAACGGAAAAGGGGGAUGUAAAUGCAGCAAAAAAUUUAAGCGAUGAAGCUGCUACUAUGUUUGAAAGAGCAACAAGUACGCUGUUAUCUAAAAACAUGUUAUUAUAUUUUGCACAUGCAGAUUUUGAAGAGGGGAGAGUGAAAUAUGAUAAAGUACAUCAAAUAUAUCAAAAAUUUCUUGAUAUACCUGAUAUUGAUCCAACACUCGCGUAUGUGCAAUAUAUGAAAUUUGCUAGACGCGCAGAAGGUAUCAAAUCUGCUAGAACAGUUUUUAAACGAGCUCGAGAAGAUCCGAGAUGUAAACAUCAUGUAUAUGUUGCUGCAGCGUUAAUGGAAUAUUAUUGUACUAAAGAUAAAAAUAUUGCUUUCCGAAUAUUUGAACUAGGUUUAAAAAAAUUCGGAGAUAAUCCUGACUAUAUACUUUGUUAUAUCGACUAUUUAUCGCAUUUGAACGAGGACAAUAAUACAAGGGUUUUGUUUGAAAGAGUUUUAUCUUCUGGUAGUUUAGAACCAGAAAAAUCAGUUGACAUAUGGAAUCGCUUUUUAGAGUUUGAAUCGAAUAUCGGAGAUUUGGCCAGUAUUGUUAAAGUUGAAAAAAGACGUAGUGCCGUAUUAGAAAAGAUCAAAGAAUUUGAAGGCAAAGAAACAGCACAAUUAGUAGAUAGAUACAAAUUCUUGGAUUUAUAUCCAUGUACUCCUAUGGAGUUACGAUCUAUUGGCUACAUGGAAGUGUCUAGUGUUGCCAGAAGUACAGUUGGUGCAUUACCACGUAUACCAGAUCCGGAAGAGGCUAUUGCUUCUUUACCUAGACCGGAUUUGUCACAAAUGAUUCCUUAUAAGCCAAAAGUAAAUCCAUUACCGGGAGAGCAUCCAGUACCUGGUGGCACUUUCCCAUUACCACCAGCCGCAGCACAACUUUGUACUAUGCUUCCGCCACCAGGUUGUUUCAGAGGACCAUUCGUAGCUGUUGACUUGCUUAUGGACGUUUUCAAUCGAAUUCAGCUACCAGAUCAUGCUCCAUUGCCGAUAGCAGAUAAUGGUUGUGACACAAAAUUAUUUGACUUAGCCAAGUCCGUACAUUGGAUCGUGGACGAAAGUAACGAUGGUGUAAGUAUCGGAUCUAAACGUAGAAGAACGCGUUUAGGAGGUGACGAUAGCGAAGAAGAAGAUUUACCACCGCCUCCAGCUAACGACAUAUACCGCCAAAGACAACAGAAACGAGUCAAAUGAAUAAAGAAAUGAUAACCAAACACAGAGUUACGUAUCAUCUCCAAGUAUCCUGGAGAAAUCUGAUACACGUUAUCAUAUAUUUUUACAUUUUCUGUUUGUUCUGGAAGGAGGUAUUUCCUAACGGGACAAACCUAUUAUUAUCUAAAAGCGUACGUUACGUGUAUGUAAGCAACUACUAAAUUCCUUAUGUGACACUGUGCACGAUAGUUUGAGUACUAUGUACUCAGAAAUCCUAUACUUACACUGUUGAUUUCAUCUUUCUUCGAAUGUGUUCAUUUAUAUACGCAAAAUGUCUGACUUGAUUCAGACGAGGACAACAUUGAGCAUGUUCAAUGAAUCGAACCUCGUUGUAUUGUUACCUAUUUCGCUAUAAAUUAAAAAUGCCAGAUCAAGGUUUAAUUACUUUUUACACCAUUAUUUGUGGCAAUUCGUAAUAAGAAAACGUUGCUCAGCCCAUACAAAAAUGUUACGAAGCAAAAACGAAGGUGAUCGGCAGGAUAUGUUUAUAUCUUUUAUCGGGCAGUAGUAAUUUGUUAUAAUUGUAAGUAAACUGUAUCAUAAAAUAUUGUUUAGCGUUAUUUUAAGUGAAUCAUUAUGUAAGGUAUACGGUAAGAAAAGAGAUCGAGCUAUUAUUUCUAUUCAUUGAACGAUUCAUUUAAAUCUACGAUAUUGAAUCAAAUGUAUUCGAGAAAUUAGUUCUCUCAUAUCUCAUAUUAAUAUUUUCUUUUUAACGAUUGGGUAUUAUUUCUGUACACCAUUAAAUUUGUUAAAAGUUACUGAAUCUGAUCUUAGACUUAUUUGGCUGAUCUUCGGGAAACUAUUCAUCCGAAUACACUUGGUUUCGUGCUGUAUAUUUAAAUCGAUUUAUACCAAUUCAGUGUACAGGACCAAUAAAUUGUCAGCAUCCCAUUACAGUCUUUAUUUCAAUAAAACGUUACACAACUUU